GCAUGGCUGCUCUAGACACGUCUUGCCUGGUCGGGCCUGUAGCGUUCAAGGACCUGAACUGGAAGGACGAUGGCGAGAUGGUGACCGCCCCGCCGGAUGAGAGCGCGGACAUAGUUUCCUCCCUGCCGAGCAAAACAACGGGCCCCAACAUUGAGCUGCGGCAGUACCAGGGUGUGUGGAUGCUGGGCACGGUGCUUCCCGGGCUCAUCUCCCUCCAGCGCCGCUUCAGGUCGCGGCCGGGCGAUGUGCUCCUCGCGAGCCCUGUCAAGUCCGGCACGACCUGGAUCAAGUCGCUCACCUUCGCGACCAUGGCGCGCUCCUCCUACCCGCCCUCCGCCGCCGACCACCCGCUGCGCCGCCUCAACCCGCACGAGUGCGUCCCCUACAUGGAGGAAGUCUUCCUGCACGGCCACGAAGCCAAGCUGGAGGCGCUGCCGUCGCCAAGACUCAUGCACACGCACCUGCACUACUCCCUGCUGCCUCGCUCCCUCUCCAACUCCAAGACCGUAUUUGUCUGCAGGGAGCCCAAGGAUAUGGUUGUCUCCCUGUGGCACUUCCUCAACAGAGCUGGGGUGAACUUCUCCUUCUCGGAGCUGUUCGAGCUGAUAUGCGAUGGCAAGAACCCCAACGGCCCGUUCUGGGAGAACGUCCUGGGAUACUGGAGGGCCAGCAAAGCCAGGCCGGAUGGAGUCCUGUUUCUGAGGUACGAGAAGAUGCUAGUCGAUCCGGUCUGCGCCGUCCGAGACCUCGCGCGGUUCCUUGGGGUGCCAUUCUCGGCUGCCGAGGAGGCGGCGGAGUUGCCCAUGGAGAUCUGCGAGUUGUGCAGCAUCGACACCAUGAGAGGCCUCCAAGGAAACAAAAUAGGAAGCACUGGGGAGUUCAACUUUGCCCACCAAAGCUAUUUCAGGAAAGGGGUCGUGGGGGACUGGGUGAACCAUAUGACGCCUGAGAUGGCCUGCCGCAUGGAUGCCAUUGUCGAGGAAAAGCUCCAGGGAUCGGGGCUCACCUUCACCUCUUGAAGCGUGUAGUAGGCAUAAGUUACUUGUUUUUAUGUCUAUAUUUCGGCCGGGUUUCCUUGUGCGGCCAUGAUCAUAUCCGUCCCUCGAUCUUCUGCAAGUGCAGGACACAUCCACACCGGGAGCGACCUGAAUAAAGGCGGCGGUCCUAGGACCUCUCUUGCGUGAAGAGGAGGACCUACCGGAGGCCUGGACUCGUGAUCUGGCCGGAGUGUUGAGUUCCGGAAGGCUCCACCGAUGAAUGUAACAGUGCUUUUGCCUGGAGUUUGUUGGAUCAGAGGUAUUCGGUCGUGCACACCCAUGUUUUUAUUCCGACCGAUUGGUUCUGGAGGGAGCGGCGCGAAGCUCUUUUUCUUUGAUUGACAUCAAGUGACUAUGGAUCCAUGAUGAAAGUCGGAAGAAGAGAAUUUCAUGAAGGCCGGAGGGGAGGACUAGCUUAGGGAGGUUCAAGUCUUUGUGAUGUUGAGGGACUUGCUUGGUGUUCCGGGCUUCACAGCAGCGGUAUGAAAGUGGGGGCGACAACACAGGUGAAGUGCAGAGUCCUACCUUUCAGGGUGAAAACCCAAGGUCUGGCCUUAAUUGGUUGUGCCUGGCAAUGUCCUUGGUGGAGAUAUUUGUUUUGAGAGCGGGGACUAGUGUGUAAUUCAGGUGUUGUCUUGGCGGUGGAUGUAUUGCUGUUGUUAGGCACGAGAUACUGUAGCGGGACUUUUGUUUCUUAGUUUUCUUUUCUUGUUUUUGGCUGUGUGCAUCCGUAGUGCCAUUAGGGUGGUGCGUUGUUACAGAGGCUGGAUGUAAUUGGUAUCUUCUUGAUAUU